UGCAGUCUGAUUUCACCUCAGAGAAAAUACCAGAUAUACGGAACAGAAACAAUUUGCUAGGUGUCUCUGGUUAGUUAGCAAGCCAACUCUACCUGUGAUGAGAAAYGUGGAAGCUAGUUACCUAGCUAGCUCGCUAUCUAUGACCUUAGAAAAUCAGUGUUUGGAAUGUAACUUGACUUAGCAGAGUGAAAAUCACCCUCCACUGUAUCUGCCGCUUUUUACUAAACCAUCUGCAGAUCCACCUACCACAUGGGCCUACUAUGGCUGAACCCAAGUCCAUAGAGUCCCCAGGUUCUGGCUGUGGUGUUCCAUCACAGAGAACCUCACAGAGGGAUCCAGAGAUGGUCUCAGUGAAGCUGGAGGACUGCAGUCAACCACUGGAACUCAAUGUGAUUGUGAUAGGGGGAGAGAGAGAACUUAAAGUAGAAGAACAUAAUGUAGAAGUUAAAGAAGAAGAAAGGGUGGUUGAGGAGAAGAGAGCAGUUAAAGAGGAGGAGAUGGAGGUUAAAGAGGACCAUAAGGAGAUAGAGAUGAAAGAGGAGGUGGAGGAGAAGAGAGCAGUCAAAGAGGAAGAGAUGGAGAUUGAAAAGGAACACAAGGAUACAGAAGUCAAAGAAGAGCUGGAGGAGAAAGCAGUUAUCAAGGAGUUGGAGGAGAGAGGUGUCAAAAAGGAGAGAGGACUAGAAGAAGAAGAAGAGGAGAGAGAAGUCAAAGAAGAAGAGGAGAACAGGGAAGUGUCUGCUCCAGAUCUAGAGGAAGAGGAGGAAGUAGAUAGUAUCACUGACCCAGGAGAGAGCUCCAACCCAGGUUCAGACAGUGAGCCCAGUUCCACAGCAUCAGGAAACCAUAAACAACACAGACAGAGGAACUCAAGACAGAAACAUCACCACUGCAUGGACUGCUUCACUAGUUUCUAUGAGCCAGAGGAGUUGAGAAGACACACUUGUAAGCCCCACCCCUGCUCAGAUUGCAGAGGCAGUUCCGUGUGUCCAACUCACCUCAUACCACGCAAAAAGACUAUCAAAAGAAAGAACACUUACCCCUGUGGUCAAUGUGGGAAGAGUUUUCAGGCACCAAGCAAACUAAAGAAACACCAGAUAACUCACACAGGAGAGAAGCCUUUCCACUGCUCUGUUUGUGGGAAGAGUUUUCCUCUUUCACAGACCUUAAAUAGACACCAGCUGAUCCACACAGGAGAGAAGCCUAUCCACUGCUCCCAAUGUGGGAAGGGCUUUAAGCGACCUGAUUCCCUGAAAAAUCAUCUUAGAAUACACACGGGAGAAAAGCCUUUCCACUGCUCUCAAUGUGGGAAAAGUUUCAGU